GACAAUGUCCUUCUGACGUAUGUGGUUGGCGGUUGGUUAUCUUUAUGCCUUUAUCUCAUUGUGUAAUCUGCAUUUCUCUUUUUAUUUUGUGUUUCAUUUGUGUUUUGUUUUUGUUGUUGGUUUUUGUUAUUGUUGUUAGAGUGACACCGACACCUGACGAGUGACGACUUUUUAGAUUAGUGAAAAUGUUUUUCUAAGUUUUACGUUUUAACAAUUUGAAAGUUUUAAAAUUAGUCUUAAAAUAGUGUUAAAUUGUUGAUACUAAGUACUAAAUAUAGAACAUUGCAAUACAUUCCCAACCAAGCAGAAGCAGGUAAUUAAAAAAAUUCUGUGAAUCACAUAGCAUAGACAUACGCCAGCUUUGCUUUGCUAAAAAUGCUUAAGCGUAAAAUUUCAAUUGCGGAAAAUACUGAAGAGACUAAUAAGCAAAUUAAAGUGGAAAAUAAUAACGAAGGCAAUAUAGUAACAUCUCAAUAUUUUCAAAAUAUACCAAAAGUUGAAGAAACCAUAGCAGACCAAUUGCUACAAUUACAAAGGGAGUUAAACAACUCCCUAAAUGGUUUGAAUUUAAAAACUGGACCUGUGGAAUAUGUUUAUAAUCCACUGCUUUAUGCUUUUGAUCCAUAUGAAAAGUAUAUUAGAAAAUACUGCACUUCUACAAAGGAACUUUUAUUCAUAGGAAUGAACCCAGGUCCGUUUGGGAUGUGCCAAACAGGCAUACCAUUUGGAGAUCCAAUAUGUGUUAGACAAUUUUUACAAAUCGAAGGAAUUGUAAAUAAACCUGAAGUUGAAUGUCCAAGUAGGAUCAUAACAGGAUUUGGCUCUUCUCGUAGAGAAAUAAGUGGGAAGAGAUUGUGGGAAUUUUUUGAAAACCUUUGUGGUUCGCCUGAAAAGUUUUUUGAGAAUGCAUUACUCUUGAAUUUUUGCCCCAUUGCUUUAAUGAAAUCAAAUGGAAGCAAUGUGACACCUGCUGAUAUUAAAGAUAUUAAGGUCCGUAAAAGUUUAGAAGCAGCUUGCAACAAUUGGUACCUUGAAGUCAUCAAACUGAUUAAACCAAAAUUUAUAGUAGCUGUAGGAGGUUAUAUAGACAAAAAAACAAAGGAACUGUUUAAAGCAAAUAAUAUUGAUGAUAUACAAAUUCUUUGUAUGCCACACCCAAGUCCAAGGUCUGUGGGAAAUCAAAAUUGGCAUGAGAAGGCACAAAAAUUUAUAGAUGAUAAUAAUUUGAUAGGAUAUUUCCAAGCCUAGAAGAUAUUUUGUUGUAUUCAUUUUAAAACCUAAACAUUGACUAUUUGUUUAAUUUUAUUGUACACAUUUAAAAAUUUCUUGGAAGUGUUUAUCAAUAUUGAAUAUUAUAUUGUAAACAACAGAUUUUUGUAGGGUCAUUUUAAAAAUCUUCCAAGAAUUUUUUGCUUGACAAUCACAUUUUAAAUUUUUUGUUUGUUUUAUCUGAUGGUUUAUCGUUAAGUUUUAUUUUGUUAUAUAUUUUUAAGAUUAAGACAGAAAAUACUCAAAACAAUUCUUACACGUCUGUCUUUUAUAAAUGCUAAAAUGUCACAGAAUGAAAUAUUGUCUGAAAAAGAGUGUCUUUUCAUGGACAAAGCAUUCUUUUUUGCCAAGGAAGCUCUCUCGGUCCAAGAAGUUCCAGUAGGUUGUGUUUUUGUAUACAAUGACAAAAUCAUAGCUUUAGGACGUAAUACCGUUAAUGAAACUCGC